UUAUAUAUUAAAAAAGUCAAAUUUACAUUACUAUAUUUAUAUUUUGAUAAUCAUAAAUUUGUUUCCGUUUUCCAACAAGUCCUUUGUUGAGUGUGGAACCGUGGUGUACUUCAGUCAUCAGCAGUUCAGCACCUUCGAUUUCCUCAAUUCGUCCAAUCUAAUGUUCCCGCACUCUUCGAAAAUGGCGUCGUCAAUCUAGCGAAACGACGGCGUAUCCACUGCUCAAUCGGAGCCGCCGGAGAACAAAAAAAUGGAGGCGUCCUUCGUAUCUAGAGCUAGGACGGCCAUCAAUUCCGCCGCCGCUAAAGCCGAGAAAGUGUUCACAGACAUCAAAAAAUCUGAUUCCAUCGCCCAUCGCGAUUUGGAUCAACAAUCGCCGAGCGCGUCAACUCCGGAGUCACCUAAAGAUGCGGAAGAGUCGAAGAAUUUCCACGAAGCAAAGAAUAAGAGAGGAAGGCCAAAGCCAAUUAAAACCAAGCAAGAUUGGCAUGAGAGAUUAAGAAACAUAAGAUUAGGCAAAAGAGGGAGUAAGGAUUCUGAGAAAUCCGAUUCAACAAUGGCAUAUGCACUUUUUGAUGAUAAUUUAUAUAUGUUGGAUGAGAGAGAAUACUCUCAUUCAAAGGAUUCAGAAGAUGGAGUACUGAUGGAAGGUUCAAAGGCUAAUGACGCAGAUAUCAUUCCGUCAUCUUCUAUUGUGAAACAGUUGGCUGUAGCAGUCGAGGCUGGAUUAAACUACAACUCCAUGAAGGAUCUCCGGGCGUCUUCGAGAGGCUCGUCACCCAUAAGAGAGAGGGCUAGCUUAAGCUUUUCAGCAAUGAAGUCACUAGUGCUGCGUGAAAAAGAAGAUAAGUUGGCCAGCGAGUUUGGUGCUGAUGAAAAAGUUCUCUCUGUAAUCAAUGCAUUGCUAAAUGCAGAAGGACCCUUUACAGGGAGGACUGUUUCUGGUUUGGAAGGUCAGAUAAAUGCCACAUCAUUACUUAAGGAUAUCCGUGGCGCACCUGUUGAAAGUUUCGUAGUUAAGCUCGCCGAAGCAGUUGGUUGCUUAAAAACAGUGCAGAAAAUGGCAUCAUUUUGGUCCAGGGUUGUUGCAGAACUGAGAAGACUUUGGUACGAAGGUCAAUAUAUUCCCGGAAUUCCGCCAGACAAUAUCCCAGACCUGAAUUCUUGCCUGUUAUAUCAGCAGUUACAGGUCAUCAACCGUUGCAUUUCCAGAAAAACACGCCAUAGUGCUGCUGUUAAAUCACUAGAGUCUGUUGAAGUUCAAGCUAGUUCGAGUGUUCCCUGUUCUUCAGCUUCUGAUAGCGCACGUCUGCCAGAUCCUUGUCUAUAUGCUAAAACUAAGUCUGGAGAAGUUGUGCUUCGUUUAGGAGCUGAUAGAGAAUGUGACAACUUGACCAUGCUUGAAACUGGUGUACCUGUUUAUUCGCCCGUAUUGCAGGAACCGCCUUUGCUAACUGAAGACCUUAUCAAGGAGACAGAGGAGUUUGUACUAAGAACCGGAAGUGUCGGAGCAGGGUGCUCCCAACUGCUUUCAGACAUGCAGGCCUUCAAGGCAGCAAAUCCGGGUUGCAUAUUAGAAGAUUUUGUAAGAUGGCACUCUCCUCCUGACUGGUCGGAAAAUGAAGCUACCAGUGAGUUAGAUGAUACCUCUGACUCUGGCGAUAUGUCAUCCGGGAAAGGCCAACUUAGUAGGCGAAUGCAAAAAGAAGGAAAUUUAUGGCGUGAACUGUGGGAAACAUCAAAACCAGUACCAGCUGUCAGACAGUCUCCUCUUUAUGACGAAGACCUGGCUGUGGAAGGUAUUCUGGAUUAUUUGGACACAAUCCCACCUUCUGAUCUUUUCAAGCAGCUCUUCAUUGCUGUUUUGGGCUCAGGGCUUGUAAUUGCUGAUGUCACCCUCUCCACGAACUCGAAUCUAUCGAGUUUUUUCAACGAGUGCAGGAACUACGUUGUUGUCACUUGUCAAGGCCACUCCUGGAUCGAGAAACUUGAUGACAUAUGCCAGGUUUAUGAAACAGUGGAGACAAUGCUACUUAAUAAAGACGAAGUGAUAAAUGUCACCAUUCAGCCUGAAGAAACCGCAGCUGCAGGUGAAAUGAGAAACCGCUUCAAGAGACUUAGCUUAAUUUUCGGCGGCAAAAAUAAAUCCUCGUCAAAAACUCCCUCCAAAGACUCGACAAAUACCGAGGAGAACUCCGGUCGCCAAACAUUUUCAUUAUUUUCGAAAAAGCCCCCAAAACCCGCCGCCUCUCCGUCGGAAAAACCUUCAGGUUCGGUCGAAAACGAUUGGACAAUUUUAUAAGCAUGCAAUUGUAAAUUAUAUUGAUUUGAAGAGCCGACGAAAGAAUAUGUGCAAUAUUAUUCAGCCACUGAUUUCCACAAGAACCAGUUGUUUUCUGUCCAUUAAUGGAGCAUGCAAUUGAUUAAAAUAGAAUUAUAUUAUAUCGUAUCAUAGGAUAAUUGUUACUUGUCUGAAGAUUGGAGUUGAAUUCAAAGAUUUCGAUGGUAUAUUUCAAUUGUAUAUCUAUAGUUCAGAAAAUUGGUCAGUAUUAAUAGGGUGAAGUUUCCAUUGGUCAAUUGCAAUUGUACAAUUCUCAA